AUGGAGCACCCGUGGCGACAAGUGGGGGCAGAUUUGUUCCACAUGGAGGGACAAAAUUUUCUGCUGCGUGUGGACUACCAUUCACGCUACCUGGAAGUCAUCACGCUACGCAACACUUCCAGCCAGGCGAUGAUUUCGGCUAUCACGAGUGUCAAGGUUCGAUUCGGCAUACCGGAAGUGCUCCGAAGUGAUAAUGGACCGCAGUUUUCGUCAUACGUGUUUGCAAGUUUUGCGAAAAACUAUGGGUUCAGUCACGUUACUAGCACUCCCGGUUACCCCCAGUCAAACGGUGCAGUAGAACGGGCAGUGCACACUGUGAAGGAUCUUUUCCGCAAGAGCAAUGACUGCUUCCUGGCACUGGUAGCUUAUCGCGACAGUGAUGCUUAUGAUGGUAGCUUAUCAAAACAGUGA